AUCCAAUCUGUAGAUUUCUCGGUGGAGCCCACAAUCCCAGAAGGGGUUUCCAGGACCCCCAAAGUUGCUUCAAGUGGACAAAUCCCCCACCCUGAAACGAGUAUUUUACACGGAUACUUUAUGAUCUCGACCCAUUUUCACAUGGUUUCUGAGAUGCCGAUUCCAUAUUAACUAGGACAUAGUUACCAUUACAUCCUUGAUGAUUUUAUCCGAAAGUUUUAAUUGCAAGGACAAAAUGGGUAGCUGAAGAUGUUUGAAUGAAGGUAAGGAAUCUUAGCCAUUAAUCUUCCCGGAUGGUGGCCACAGGCUUCACAAGGCAGCUUCCUCCUAGCUUCUUUAGCAAAUCAUCCUCCGAAUAUGGUAGUUACAACACAGAAGGAAUAAUGCAACAGUAAGAAGGAAGCCCAUUACAUGCUGAAAGCUACUCAUCCAAUGUGGUCUACGAGAUCUAUAUAUCACUUGUUGCUAUCUUCUUUCUAUGAUCUUCUGUGAAGCAAUGGUGGAGUAGAAAGGGAUGGGGAAGACAGCAAAAUGGCUUAAAAGUUUCUUGACAGGCAAGAAAGAUAAGGAGAAAGAGAAAGGAAAAUACACAAGUAAUCAGAAUUCUUCUGUUGCCUCAGAGAAACCAGCCACUCCCAUUUCAAUCCCACCAACAACUCCUCAAGAGAAAAGGAGAUGGAGUUUUCGGAGAUCUUCAGCGACGGCAACGCUUAUAAAGAACUUGAAUUGUACAGAACAAGUAGCUACUAUUCCAACACCUUCAGUGGAGGCCACCUUGGACAAUGAGGAUGAACAGAAAAAGCAUGCCAUGGCAGUGGCAGUGGCUAGAGCAGCAGCUGCUGAUGCUGCUGUGGCAGCUGCACAGGCUGUGAUCCGGUUAACAACUGCUGCCAAUGAGAUAGCCAGCGCAGCUGAAGAGGCAGCUGCCAUAAAAAUUCAGUCUGUCUUUCGAUCAUAUUUGGCUAAGAAAGCUCUGAAUGCACUGAAAGGUCUAGUAAAGUUACAGGCACUGGUAAGAGGUCACCUCGUGAGAAAACAGGCCACUGCUACUCUCAAAUGCAUGCAGGCAUUAGUUACAGCACAAGCCAGAGCUCGAGCUCAGAGGAUUCGGAUGGUUGAUGACGCGAAGCCUGCUAGCCAGAGGCAAUCACCUCAUAGAAGGUCAACAGUACAUCAACGGAUCAGGCAUGCAUAUCAUGAUAUUGAUAGAGGAAUGGAAGAAAACAUUAAGAUUGUAGAGAUGGAUCUUGGUGAUUCAAAGGGAAGUUUGAAGAGUAAAAAUAGCUAUUCCCACCAUCCACAAGCAGAACGAGUAGUGGAACAUAGAUUCUCAACUCAUUAUCCCUCAAAUCAUGCAUACUCGAAGCAAGAAAAUUAUCAGGUAUCUCCAGCACCAUCAGCUUUGAAUGACAUGAGCCCCAGAGCCUGCAGUGGUCAUUUUGAGGACUAUUCUUUCAGCACAGCAGAAAGCAGCCCCCAGUACUAUUCAUCUAUCUCCAAACCUGAUCCAUCAAAACUUCCUUCUGCGUUCCCAAGGCCAGAAUAUGCAGAUUCAGUGUCAUAUGACAACCCCUUAUUCCCCAAUUAUAUGGCUAACACAGAAUCUUCAAGAGCCAAAGUCAGAUCACAAAGUGCACCGAAGUCAAGGCCGGAUUCAUUUGAAAGGCAACCAAGCAGGCGAAGGGCAUCGAUGGAAGGCAGAAAUCAUGUCCCCAGGGCAGUAAGGAUGCAGCGGUCAUCUUCACAACUUGGAGCCACUGCUCAAAACUACCAAUACCCCUGGUCAAUCAAACUUGAUAGAUCAGCAGUAUCCGUUAAAGGCAGUGAGUGUGGAUCCACCAGUACGGUACUCACAAACACCAGCUACUGCAGAUCCCUUGUUGCAUAUGAUCCUCAUGGAGAUAGAUACUAAAAGCACGUAUCUCUUACCAUUGGGACUGAGAUAGCGUGUGGUUCAGCUCAACUGAAAAAAUAUGCAGAUAUACAUCAAAUAAAUAGAGCAAGCUUCAAAUGGUGGGAGAAGCCAAAGGAACUGACAUCCAUGAUUACUCUUGAUCAAUCUGAGAUCAAAUUCUAUGCCAAAAAAAAUCCAGGAUUCCCCAUUAUAUCUUUUUCUGAGAAAUAAAUCUAAAGUACCACACCAUAAAUACGCUCUAACUUUAUUUAAGAGAGGCAUGGGGAUUUUCUGUUCCCCACAAUGAUCAUAAUUACAGUAGCACCAGCUUCAUGGUUUGCUUAAAAGCUGAAAAUUUGCAGUUAUAUUCAUGAAUGUAAUGUUCCAGUAAACACUUAAAUAUAUCUUUAUUGGUUUUGCACUUCAGCAAUCAAAUUAUAUGGCAGUUCCUGUAGGAGAUCGAUUUUCCUCCCAUUAGGAUACCGGACAUUGACACUGUCAGGGGGAUCCAUUU